AUGACCAGUCCCACCCAAAUAGACGUCGCUCAACGUCGCUCAACUUUGGCGGCGUUGUUGACUGACGCCCUGGAAAACUCAUCCUCCGUGGCAAGGGUUAUGGGUUACUCUUAUCUUAAAUUGAGUAGUAGUAAUCAUUUCUUACAAAACAUGGAUGAUUACGAGGUAAACAGUCUCACCUCACUCACCAUCCCCCUUGCCAUCACCGUUGGUUGCAGCUAUAAUUGGUUAAUCAUGCAAGUCAACAACAAGCUCUCCGAAUCAAACGACCCACCUGAACCACGAUAUCUUCACUGUCCAACUACAACAACAUCGACUCGACCUCCAGACAACGAAGAGCCAAUGCCUCCAUCCGAAUAUUAUCAGUGUGUUCAAUCUCAGAUUGACUUGAUCAAACUAUUGGAUAUUUACCCGGUUCAAGACCCUGCCGCAUUUCAAGAGCAUAACUUGUAUUUUCACCGACUCAAAGCUUUUUUUCCAAUUACGGACGCCGACCGUGAACUCUCCGAGCAAUGUAAUGAGACCCAAAGUAUUCAAGUAUGGAACCUGUACAAAGUUAGUACGAGCUGCUUUAUCGACUUAUGUACAGUACUUCCGCUGAUCAAUCAACCGCGCGAUCUAACAUUACCGUUGCCGCUGGAUAGGACAUCAAGUACGUGGUUAAUCAUUACCACUCCCCCCCCUGGGGACGACCCUAAGUCAACAACCCAACAUUUCCACAUCAAUUUAUUAUAA